UAAUGAUCACUCAAAUUUAAAUCAUACAAGACAGAAGCUUCCAAGUUCCAUGCCACCUACCAACACCAACUUAACAUUUUUCUAUCAAUUUAAAUUAAAUUUCUAAUUCCAUAAAUAUAAUCUCAUCUAAGAUCAUUUACAUCAAAUACUAAUCACUAUGACUGAGAACGAGAUUGAUCCAUCAUUCAUUCAAAACCUAGAACAAAGACCUAAAUUCAAUCCAAUUCCGCAACUCGAAGAACAAAUCCCGAUCAUAGAUCUCUCAGCUUCAAGCCCUAGCGAAAUUCAACACUUAGUUUCAGAGAUCGGAGACGCUUGCCGGAUAUACGGAUUCUUCCAGGUGAUUAACCACGGAGUACCGUCGGAGCUCCGUCGCGAAACGGAAAAAGUUGCCAAGGCGUUGUUUGAUCUGCCGAUAGAGGAGAAAAGGAAGGUGAAGAGAAAUGAGGUGGAUCCUAUGGGUUAUUAUGAAGGUGAACAUACCAAAAAUGUUAGGGAUUGGAAGGAAGUGUUUGAUUAUUUGGUGAUUGAUCCUACUUUGAUACCUGCUUCCGAUGAUCCGAAUGAUCAAGAGCUUAGAAGCUUGACUAAUCAGUGGCCUCAAUUUCCUUCUCAAUUCAGGGAAAUCUGUGAAGAAUACACUAAGCAAGUGGAGAAACUAGCUUUCAAAUUAUUGGAACUAAUUUCCCAGAGCUUAGGCUUACCAGCUGAUCAUUUCAAUGGCUACUUCAAGGAUCAAAUCAGUUUUUCUAGGAUCAAUCACUACCCUCCUUGCCCUGCUCCGCACCUUGCUCUCGGUGUAGGCCGACACAAGGACGGCGGAGCUUUGACUGUUCUUGCUCAAGAUGAUGUUGGAGGACUCCAAAUCGCGUUGAGAUCGAAUGGAGAUUGGAUUCCUGUUAACCCAAUUCCAAAUGCAUUUAUCAUCAAUAUUGGUAAUUGUUUGCAGGUGUGGACUAAUGACGAAUAUUGGAGUGCAGAGCAUAGAGUAGUGGUAAACUCUGAAAAAGAAAGAUUUUCAAUGCCAUUUUUCUUUUUCCCUUCUCAUUAUGUGCAAAUUAAGCCUCUAGAUGAGCUAAUUGAUGACCAAAACCCUCCAAAAUACAAGGAGUUUAAUUGGGGCAAGUUCUUUGCUAGUAGAAACCGUAGUGAUUUUAAGAAACAAAACGAGGACAAUGUUCAAAUUGAUCAUUUUAAGGCUUCAUAAUAACUUAUGUUCAAUGUUGCAAAUUACAUUGUAGCUAAUAUUAGUGAAUUGUUAUUGUAAUCUUUUAUAUAUAUAUGAUGUAUAUCAUGUGAUAUAGUAUCAUAA